ACUCCUCCCAGCCUGCUUGUCAAGUUGAAAGUUCAGUGUGGAUACAGUUUCCUGUAGAGCUGCAGAUGGGUAUUCAACCAAUAAAAUUGACUUGAGAAAAUGACUGAGAAAGGCUAAAUAUGAUUGGAGGAUGAAAAACAUGGAAGUGAAAAUAUAUUUUAUUGUUACUAACACUGCAAAAAGCAAAACUCGUUUUAAUAAAGGAACCAUAGGUGUCGUUCAGAAUGAGGUUGGAGAGGAGUACAGAGCAACUAUUUUGGAACCUGCCACAUACAAGAAGGAUCAAUACUUGAAAAAAGUAAAUGUGAACUUGAUUAGUAAGAGGGAAGCACAUAUUCUUCUCGGUAUUGAAAAUCUGGAAAGCAGAAUUGCUGUGUUUUCAAGCAAAAUAUUCAGGGCAAUAUGCACCAUUCAACAGAAUGAUUUGGUGGUAGUGAAACAAAAAAACGGUGAAGUGCCAGGCUUGGUGGUUAAUGUCAUGGAGCAAAUCAGAAAGACAUCCAGCAGCCAGAUCAUAAACUAUAUACUUUUCGAGGUGGAACUUUUGAAAGAGAAAGAAAACCUUAGAGUUACUAUCAGUGCGGAGAAAAUAAUUAGUGUCAGUUCUGACAGCAAUCCUCAAGUCCAGGACCAUAAAGAGGCUCAAAAAUUCAAGGAAAUACCACGUCAGAACUCCAUCAAAAAAAAUGAACAAAAUCCGGAAAAGUCAUCUACCCCAUCUGUUUGCAAUACAGUGCUAGGAAAUAGUAGUAUGAUGUUAAAGCAGGAUGGUUUGCUUGAAGCUGGCUCAAUGGUGGAGCUGCGGGCCAGAAAUGGAGCUACUAUCUAUGGAGUGGUACGAUGGAUUGGAAUUCCACCUGGCAAGAGUGAGCUGUGGGCUGGGGUUGAACUAGAUUAUGAGCUGAAGAAUUGUACUGAUGGACUGUUUGAAAACCAAAGGUACUUCUCUUGUGAUGACAACAAAGGCAUGUUUGUGAAACUACAGGAAUGUCGACCAGACAGCAGAUUCUUUGCAGCCUCAACUUCACAGUUGGAACCACCAUGUGUAAACCGCUACUCAGUUCUCCAUGUAAUGAACAAAGCAGAACUUCAGAGUAAUGAAGCAGAUGUACCUCCCAUUCCUGAGUCAGAGGCAAUAGAACUACUAGAGGGGAAAAUGAAAGGAAUUCAAGGCCACUAUAACUCCUGCUACCUUGACACGGCACUCUUCAGUUUGUUCUGUUUCAGUGAUGUUCUCGACAGCGUCCUACAUUGCCCCAAUGUAGGUGAACAGAGGAUUCAGACUGUCCUGAGAAAAGACAUUGUCAAUCAGUUGCGAAGACGGGGCUUUGUUCCAGCAGAGAAUGUGAUGAAAUUGAGAAACCUACUGGGAUGUAGCACAUUUGCAUCAGAGGAGAAAGACCCAGAGGAGUUUCUCAGUGUUCUUCUUCACCAGGUCUUAGCUGUGCAGCCACUACUAAAAAUCAGGUCAAAUGAUAAAACUCAGGAUUGCUACAGCUACCAGAUCAUCAUGGAGAAAGAGGACUUGGAGAUUCCAUCUGUUCAAACAUUACUAGAGAGGUCCUUCUUAUCCUGUGAUCUCAAGUUUGAUGAGAUUCCCUCCUGUUUAAUUAUUCAAAUGCCAAGAUUUGGAAAAGGGUUUAAAUUGUUUCCAAGAAUAGUUCCAUCCACAGAACUGGAUAUUACAGACCUUCUACAUAACAGUCCUCGAGAAUGCUUCCUCUGUGGCUCUGUUGCAGAGAUUGAGUGCAUCCAGUGUCUACAAGAUCCAAAACUGAUGCCGGGAGUUAUAAAGCAGUUUUGCCAGAGGUGUGAGAAACAGGUUCAUUCUCACAAGAAGAGGCAAAAUCAUCACCCUCAAAAGAUUUUCUUUCCCCUUAUGAACGACUUCUCCAGUAGUGCUGUAAUUUGCAGACACAAAUUGGAGCUCUUUGCAGUGUUGUGCAUAAAGACCAGUCACUAUGUCUCCUUUGUCAAGUAUGGGCCAGGGAAGAAUUCCUGGUUGUUUUUUGACAGCAUGGCUGACCGAUGUGGGGGUGAGAAUGGAUACAAUAUCCCAGAGAUUAAAGCUUGUCCUGAAGUGGGAGAGUUUCUGUCGAAGCCAGUGGGUAGUAUUGGAAAAAGUGAUCUGGAAAAAGCAGAUGGUUUUGUAGAGCGGCUUUUGUGCGAUUCCUACAUGUUUAUGUACAAAUGUCCAGCACUCUGUUUAUACAGAUAAAUGUGCAAUCCUUAGACUCAGGCACACCAUUUAUUGGUUAUUUCCAUUUCGUAGGAAUAUCAUCUUGUCUGUACUGCUUGCUGCAUUGGCUGAUGACCUCUUAUGUAACUGGCAUAUGUUUAGUGUCAGUCUCACAUCUUUCAUAUUUUUAUUUUCAUUCACAAAAGGUGCAAUUAGAAGGUAGCUAAUUUAUUUGUACUGUAGAGAAAUUGGACACUUACUGAACUACAGCUGGUAGAAAGAAGGGCUCAGAUCUGCAUCUUAUUAACAGUAUUUCCGUUUUGAACAACAAAGUUAAAAUGAAUUAGCUACAUUUUCAGAGUGGCUGACAAAUAAAUGUAACAUGGUGUGCGCUUGGCAGCUUCAGAAGCAGUGUGAAUCCUUCGGUGAUGGAACCAUUUUUCUUCCUACUUACUCCUGAAAUGUUAAGCAUAACCGGAAAAUCUGGAUUUAAAUUCUAGUCAAACAGAAGACAGGGAUUUAAAUUAGAGGGUAGUUAAUACACUAUAACAUAGACUGAAAUAUUUUCCUGCAUUUGUGUGGAAUAUUGUAAAAAAAAAAAAAAAAUAACCUUCCAAGCAUUCAUUUUCAAAUCAAUUUAAAUAACUGCAAAUGAUGUGCUUUCUGUGCAUCUGAGCUGUGAAAAUCGUCCUAAGUAGGUAAUCUGUUUUACUCCUCAUUUUCAUAGGAAAACAAUCAUGCAUGAUCACCUGUCAAAA